AUGGGAGGAGACACCGACCGGCCGAACUCCGCCGUGAAAUUCGAGCGGCGCACGAGCAGCGGCCGCGUGACGAGCAUGUCCAACGACGAGGAGCUCGACCUCUCCGACAGCCAGAGCGACUACAACAACAAGUACACGGUCGUGAUGCCGCCCACCCCGGACAACAUGCCCGGGGCGGCCUCCACCACCGACAAGCCCGACGGGCCCUCCUCGGGCCCGCAGCGGCGCGUCCGUCCCGGCGGCGAGGGGGAAUCCUCCGGCGCCGGCGCCGUCGCCGGGAAGAUGGAGCGGAGGGUUUCGUCGGCUUUCAAGGACAGCAACAACAACAAGUCGAUGUUCCUGCGGAGCCAGACGCAGGAUUUCGACCACAACCACUGGCUUUUCGAGACCAAGGGGAAAUACGGGAUCGGGAACGCUUACUGGGAGGAGGGCGAGUCGUUCGAUAACGAGACGGGGAUGAGCAUACAGGAUUUCAUGGAUAAGCCAUGGAAGCCUCUCACUAGAAAGAUCAAUGUUCCGCCGGAGGUCAUCAGCCCUUACCGUGUUCUGAUCGUGAUAAGGAUGAUAAUACUGCUUCUCUUCCUCAUAUGGAGAAUCGAAAACCCUAACUACGACGCUCUAUGGCUAUGGGCCAUGUCCAUUGUAUGUGAGAUAUGGUUUGCAUUUUCAUGGCUGCUCGACAUUCUCCCCAAAUUCAACCCCAUAAACCGCUCAGCAGACUUGACUGCACUCAAAGAGAAAUUCGAGACGGCUAGUCCGGCCAAUCCCGACGGCCGGUCCGAUCUUCCCGGCCUCGACGUGUUCAUAUCCACUGCUGAUCCGGAGAAGGAGCCUCCUCUCGUCACGGCCAACACCAUUCUCUCGAUUCUUGCUGUCGAGUACCCGGUCGAAAAGCUGUCGAUCUACAUCUCCGAUGACGGUGGUGCCAUUCUCAACUUUGAGGCCAUGGCUGAGGCUGUCAAAUUUGGAGAGUUGUGGGUUCCGUUCUGUCGGAAGCAUAACAUCGAGCCGAGGAAUCCGGACAGCUACUUUAGUCAGAAGUCGGACCCGACGAAAGGGAAGAAGCGGCCCGAUUUUGUCAAGGAUCGUCGUUGGAUCAAGCGGGAGUAUGAUGAGUUCAAGGUGCGGACCAACGGGCUGACCGACGUCAUCAAGAAACGGUGUGACAUGCACAACAAAGCCGAGACGAACAAGGAGAAGAGCCUCGUGAGAGAGAAAAACAACGGUAUCAUUCCACCCGACUACAAGACUGAAGUUCCUCAGGCCACCUGGAUGGCUGACGGAACUCACUGGCCGGGGACGUGGUAUAACAGUGCCCCCGACCACGCCAAGGGCGACCAUGCCGGAAUCUUGCAGAUAAUGAGCAAGGUGCCUCCAAGUGAUCCUGUGAUGGGGGAGGCGGACGAGAAGACGCUAGAUUUCACAGGCAUCGACACAAGGCUUCCAAUGUUUGCUUAUGUGUCGCGUGAGAAGAGGAAGUCGUACGACCACAACAAGAAGGCGGGAGCCAUGAAUGCUCUGGUUCGAGCUUCUGCAAUCUUGUCGAAUGGGCCAUUUAUCUUGAACUUGGAUUGCGAUCACUAUGUGUACAACUGCAUGGCGUUUAAGGAAGGGAUGUGCUACAUGAUGGAUCGCGGAGGUGAUAGGAUUUGCUACAUACAGUUCCCGCAGAGGUUUGAGGGGAUCGAUCCUUCUGAUCGAUAUGCUAAUCACAACACUGUCUUCUUUGACGGAAACAUGAGAGCCCUGGAUGGUCUCCAGGGCCCGGUCUAUGUCGGAACUGGAUGCAUGUUCCGGCGCUAUGCCCUCUAUGGCUUCCUACCGCCGCGGGCAAUUGAAUAUAAAGGCGUUUUUGGACACAAAAAGAGCCUAGCUAGGCCUGCACACCCUCCCUCCGGUGAGGAACAGCCGUUAACAGAUCAUCCAGACCUCAACCUUCCUAAAAAGUUCGGAAACUCAGCCAUGUUCAAUGAAUCCAUAGCUAUUGCCGAGUUUCAAGGCCGGCCUCUCGCUGAUCACUUCUCCAUCAAGAACGGAAGGCCCCCCGGCGCCCUCAUCGGCGCUCGCCCUGCCAUCGACGCCCCCACUGCAGCCGAAGCCAUCGCCGUCAUUUCAUGCUGGUUCGAGGAUAACACGGAGUGGGGAGACCGGAUCGGGUGGAUCUACGGGUCCGUCACGGAGGAUGUCGUGACAGGAUACCGGAUGCACAACCGCGGCUGGCGCUCCGUCUACUGCAUCACGAAGCGCGACGCCUUCCGGGGCACGGCCCCCAUCAACCUCACCGACCGCCUCCACCAGGUCCUCCGCUGGGCCACGGGAUCCGUCGAGAUCUUCUUCUCCAGAAACAACGCGAUCCUCGCGACCUCCCGCCUCAAGUUCCUCCAGCGCAUCGCGUACCUCAAUGUCGGGAUCUACCCCUUCACCUCCAUCUUCCUGGUGAUCUACUGCUUCCUCCCGGCCCUGUGCCUCUUCAGCGGCCAGUUCAUCGUCAAGUCCCUCGACAUAUCCUUCCUCUCGUACCUCCUCAUCAUCACCAUCUGCCUCAUCUUCAUCUCCCUCCUCGAGGUCAAGUGGUCCGGGAUCGCCCUCGAGGAGUGGUGGCGCAACGAGCAGUUCUGGGUGAUCGGCGGCAGCAGCGCGCACCUCAUCGCCGUCGUGCAGGGGCUGCUCAAGGUCAUCGCGGGGAUCGAGAUAUCCUUCACGCUGACCGCCAAGGCCGCGGCCGAGGACGAGGACGACGCGUACGCCGACCUCUACGUGGUGAAGUGGACGGGGCUGUUCAUCGUGCCGCUCAUCAUCAUCAUCAUAAACGUGAUCGCGCUCGUGAUCGGGUUCGCGAGGACGAUCUACAGCGUGAUCCCGGAGUGGAACAAGCUGUUUGGGGGCGCGUUUUUCAGCCUGUGGGUGCUCACGCAUUACUACCCGUUCAUGAAGGGUUUGAUGGGGAGGAAAGGGAAGCUUCCGACCAUUAUAUAUGUCUGGUCGGGGCUCAUCUCCAUCACUGUCUCGUUGCUGUGGAUCGUCAUCAGCCCGCCUGAAGGGACUAUGAACGCGGAAUCCACGGAUCUCAAGUUUUGAUUUUGGAAUAAUGAAAUUUGUAAAAACCCUAGUUUUUGUUGAUUGUUUUUGUGCUUUGUUUUGGUUUCUCACUUGAUUGAUAUUGUCAAGGAAA